AUGGAGGUGGAAUGUGAUGCAGUCGCUGAAACUGCUUCUAGUUUCACCGAGACUUGCUUUAAAGAUAUGAGCAUUGAUAAAGGGGUGGGUGAGCUUAUGGAUAUUUUGCGUUCUACGGCAGAUGUGAAGACUCCUGCAACGAAUUUUAUUGCUCUUGGACGAGAUAUUCAAAAGAUGAUCAAAAAGUGUAGCGAGUUCCAAAAGGUGUACGAGGAGUAUAAGACUGAACGAGAGUCACAUAUUUCCAAGGUGAGAUCCAGUAUUGAGGAAGAGAAGAAACAGCUGGAUUUGUCAUAUCGUGCGCAGGCUCAGGAGAUGAAGCGCCACUGCCAGGAGCAGUUAGAUCAACUUGAAAAGUCUUUUGAUGCAUCAAGUGUUUGUUUUCAAACAGGAAAUAGCACAAAUUUAUCGCCUAGGCCUCAUUCUUGA